GUCUCAACUUGACCAUUUACUGUAUCACGUGAUAUCCGGCAUGUCGCACGAAGAUUCCUUUUCGUUCUUCCGUUGAAGCUGUGGACUUGGUGUUUGUUCUCUCUUGUAGAGCUAAGGUCGUAUCGGCACUAUCGACGACUUACACCGAUUUUUAAGUUCAUCCGUUUCUCAGUAACCAAAUCUAAACAUCGAAGAUGACGACUGAGGCCGAGCUUGCUUGCGUUUACUCUGCAUUGAUCCUCGUUGACGAUGACAUCGCUGUAACCGGCGAGAAAAUACAAACAAUUUUAAAAGCAGCCAAUGUAAACGUUGAAUCUUAUUGGCCUGGACUUUUUGCUAAGUCUUUAGAAGGCAUAAAUGUCAAGGAAUUGAUUACCAAUAUUGGAUCUGGUGUUGGAGCUGCACCUGUAGGAGCAGCUCCAGCUGCAGCGGCGCCCGCUAGCACUGAAGCUGCUCCAGCCAAAGAAGAAAAGAAGAAGGAAGAACCAGAGGAAGAAUCAGACGAUGAUAUGGGCUUUGGUCUAUUCGACUAAGAUCAGGGAUUAUGUUGGUCCAUUCCUCUUAUGUAUGUACAGUUACAUUGUACACAUAAUAUAAAGAAUAAAACUUUUGAUAACAAAAA